GAAAAUACACUUUUCUUUAACUUAUCGACUGUAUUAACCUCGUGUAUUACAUGUAUUAUGUUGUUAUAAUGGCAUACGUACACACUGCCUUUUUAAUUCACGUGUUAGUUCAUGGUUUGCCUUCAGAUUCAGCUAAAUGAGCUAGUUAGCAUUAAAUGGUUAGCUCUGGGCUAACUAACGAGAGUUAACCCUGCUAAAUCCGGACCCGUCGCGGAGCUGCACCAUCACGAUGUCCCGUCAGUGUCUGAUCCUGCUGCUGCUGCUCGGUGUCGGAGUCUCGGCCGUGGAGGUCCAGCGCCCUCGCGGUGUCCCUUUAUCAAAGCGGCAGUUUUACGAAGAGGGCAAACCUUUCACCUGCCUGGACGGAUCCCGCACUGUCCCCUUUGACAGAGUGAACGAUGACUACUGUGACUGCCAGGAUGGCUCUGAUGAGCCAGGGACUGCUGCUUGUCCCAAUGGCAGCUUCCACUGCACCAAUGCAGGUUUCCAUCCGGGCUUUAUCCCUUCCUCCCGCAUCAAUGACGGAAUCUGCGACUGCUGUGACACAACAGACGAGUACAACAGCGGUGCUGCCUGCCAGAACACCUGCAGGGAAUUAAUGCGCAAAGAGAUGGAGAGCCUGCAGAAGAUGACAGCGAUUGCCAAGGAGGGCUUUCAGCUUAAACAGCAACUCAUCCAGGAGGCCAAGAGGGGUCUAGAGGAUAAAAAGGCCAAACUUGCAGAUGUUCAGGUCAGUAAGAAGGAUCUGGAAGAGAGGGUGGAGGCUCUAAGAACUGUAAAAGAGACUGCAGAGCAGCCAGAGAAAGAAGCCAAAGAGCGCCAUCUGAAGGCAUGGGAAGAUGAAAAAGCUGCCAUCCAAAGGGAGAAGGACUUGGCUAGAAUGGCUGAAGUGUUUCUUGAACUUGAUGAUGAUGCAGAUGGAUUUGUCUCAGUGGCUGAACUACUGUCCCAUUCGGAGCUCGACCCAGAUUCAGAUGCUUCAGAUGCCAGAUUCACGGAGGCAGAGGCUCAGGGACUGUUGGGAGGAGUGGACAAAGUGGACACAGCAGCAUUUGAGUCUGUUUGGAUUAACAUCAAAGAAAAAUACAUAUCAGAGGCUAAUGCAGACACCCCAGCACCAGUGGAGACUCCACCAGAGGAGACAACAGAUCCAAUCUACAAUGACUCUGAGCAAUACCCUGAUGAAGACAUCCCAGAGGAAGAAGAUGACGAUGAUGAAGAGGAUGAAGAUGAUGACCCAGAUGACGUAGACUAUAAGCCUCCUGCGACACGGACUCAAGAAAAGAAGGAUGGAGAUGAUGAGGGAGCUAUGCCACCAUAUGACCAAGAAACACAGAUCCUCAUUGAUGCUGCUCAGAAAGCCAGGAAUGAGUUUGAUGAGGCUGAGAGAGCUCUACGUGAAGUGGAUGAUCAAAUCAAGAACCUUGAGAAGGAAAUCUCCUUUGACUUUGGACCCAGUGCCGAGUUUGCCCACCUCUAUAGCCAGUGUUAUGAGUUGACUACUAGCGAGUACAUCUACAGGCUAUGUCCGUUUAACAGAGUAUCCCAGAAACCCAAGUUUGGUGGUUCAGAAACUAACCUGGGAACAUGGGGGAAAUGGGCAGGUCCUGAUGAUAAUGUCUACUCUGUAAUGAAGUAUGAACAUGGAACAUCAUGCUGGCAAGGUCCUAACAGAUCUACCACUGUUAAGUUAACAUGUGGAAAGGAGACAGUUGUGACAUCUACCUCAGAGCCCAGUCGGUGUGAAUACCUGAUGGAGUUCACCACCCCUGCUGUCUGCCAGGAGCCCCAAAGCCUGGAUCUAGAGCAUCAUGACGAGCUCUAGAUCUGUUUGAUUUGUUGUUCUUGAGGGACCACAGUCACUGCAGCAACAUGAAGUUGCCAUGAACGGCGCCACUUUGGCAUCGGUUAACCAUGAAAAAUAAACUAUGGAAAUUCCAAUGAGUAAUUAUGACGUGUACACAUUUUUUCCACUACUCCGUGUUGUGUUGUUCCUCUGAUUUGUGUCAAAUGUCAUUCCAUUGUUUUCAAAUAAAGUUCCUUUUAUCAUAUUC